CCCCACAACUUGCUCGAUCUUUCAGCACUUCACGCCCUCAUUCUUCGCAAUCCAUUUAAGCGUUCUUCUUCUUCCCUGUGAUCCCAACCUAACCCUUCCCGCGGUUUUCUUUUUCUUCUUCGUAUUCUUCGACUCUAGAUUGCUGGUGUACUUGUUGUUGUUUCUUUUUUUCUCUGAUUACUCUCUACAACAAUGGCUUCGGACAAUGAGAGAGAGACCCACGUUUACCUGGCCAAGCUCUCUGAGCAGGCCGAGCGAUACGAUGAAAUGGUUGAGCAUAUGAAGACAGUGGCAAAACUUGAUCUUGAGCUUACUGUGGAAGAGAGGAACCUCCUCUCUGUGGGAUAUAAAAAUGUCAUUGGUGCAAGGCGUGCAUCCUGGCGUAUUAUGUCUUCAAUUGAGCAGAAAGAAGAGUCUAAGGGAAAUGAGAACAAUGUCAAACUGAUCAAGAGUUACCGCCAAAAGGUUGAGGAGGAACUCUCUAAGAUUUGUGGUGACAUUCUGACAAUUAUUGAUGAACAUCUUCUACCUUCUUCCACAUCUGGAGAAGCCACUGUUUUCUACUAUAAAAUGAAAGGUGACUACUAUAGGUAUCUUGCUGAGUUCAAGACUGACCAAGCAAGAAAAGAGGCUGCUGAGCAGUCCCUCAAGGGAUAUGAAGCCGCUUCAGCCACUGCUAACACAGAACUUCCAUCAACACACCCGAUCCGCCUUGGUCUUGCGCUUAAUUUCUCUGUGUUUUAUUAUGAGAUAAUGAACUCCCCUGAAAGGGCAUGUCAUUUGGCUAAACAAGCUUUUGAUGAGGCAAUUGCAGAGUUGGAUACAUUGAGUGAAGAGUCAUACAAGGACAGCACUCUGAUCAUGCAGUUGUUGAGAGACAACCUGACUCUGUGGACCUCCGAUUUGCCAGAGGAUGGAGGUGAAGAUAAUACCAAAAAUGAAGAGGCCAAACCAGCUGAACCUGAGAAGAACUAAGGUGGCCUUGAAGCUGGACAUGGUAGUCUGAUAUCUCUAAGUUACUCUGCAAAGAGGGCAUUUUUAAGCUUUUCUUGCCAUGGAUUUGGACCACAUAAUGCAGACAGUGGCUACUUCGUAGUUCUCAUGCCUUUUUUUUUAAAUCCACUCAAAGCUAGAAAUGCUAUCUGCGGCUGUCCUAUUUUUUUUGGGCUUUACUACCCUUAUUUUUUAUUUCCUAAGUAAGCCUAUGGAUGAUUUGCAUUUACUUUUAUGAGCCAUUUCUGUCUUAGAUCCUUUAGAAUGAUUUUCUUUUGUUUAUUUUCGUUGUCCACUUGUUUUUAACAUAUUUCGAUUUGGAAUGUGUAGCAAAGUUUCUAUACAUUGACUACUAGAAAAUGUGGUUAUUCAGUUCAUUAUUAAGGUGAAUGAUCAAAUAAAUUGAUAGAGAUAUCCUAUAGACUUUAUUCUAA